AUGAAGAAGGAAGAGCCUAUGGAUUCUCAUAAAUUUCAUACUAUGAUGAUGGCUUCCAUAUCCAAUAGGAGGCAAAUGGGAAAGAAGGGUGUAUGGAUCAAGUUGCCUAUAGAACUUGCUCAUCUUGUUGAAGCAGCAGUUAAGGAGGGAUUUUGGUAUCAUCAUGCUGAAGCAACAUACGUGAUGCUUGUUUAUUGGAUUCCAGAAACACCUAAUACUUUACCUGCUAAUGCUUCUCAUCGUGUUGGUAUUGGUGCUCUUGUCCUCAACAAUAAUGGACGGGUGCUAGUAGUUAAAGAAAAAUAUGGGAAAAACACUGGAAUUUGGAAGCUGCCUACUGGCGUUGUUGAAGAGGGUGAGGAUAUAUGCAUGGCAGCCAUUAGAGAAGUACAAGAAGAGACAGGA